UUCUGCUUUUGGUCCUGGUGUCGCCGCAUGUUUGUUAUCUGGUAGCUGAUCCGACCGAGAAUCAAGAUGAUCGACAUAUGCUGGCUUGAGCAGGGAAUUAUGAGCGUAAUGGACGUGCAUCCGACAAAGCCUUGGAUUUUGCUAGGUCAUUCAACUGGAAAGAUCUCCCUUUGGAACCAUCAGACCCAGGAAAUAAUGAGGAAAUGCAACACUAACGACGAGGGAAAUAAAGGUCAUGCGAUUAGUGCUGUUAAAUUCAUCGCACGGAUGAAUUGGUUUGUGAUGGGGAGUUUCAAUGGGCUCAUCCAGGCGUAUUCAUGUAACAAAGCACUGAAGAGGCUGAAUCAAUUCAAAGCCGGUGACCGCUGGGUCGAUUCACUGGCGGUUCACCCGAGCCAGCCGUUAGUUCUGUCAGCGUGCGACCGGCAGAUCAAAUUAUGGAACUGGGAAACUGGCUGGGCGUGCAUUAGGACAUUCGACGCGCACUCAGGUGACGUGAAGCAAGCCAAGUUUAAUCCGCAGGGUGUGGGCAACACAUUUGCUAGUGCUUCCUUGGACGGAACAGUAAAGAUCUGGAGCAUCUAUUCUCACACGCCUAUCUCGACACCAAUGCACAGUUCUCCGGAUGAACUGAAAUCGGUUGAUUAUUUUAUUGCACGUGGUGAUAGGUUAUAUAUUGUCGCAGGGUCUACGAACGGGACUGCACAUAUCUGGGAUUUGCAAUCGAUUAAAUGUAUUCGACAAAUUAAGGGACUCCGAACAAUGUAUAAGAAUAUUUCUGUUGCUGUUGUGGGCCGGCCCCGGGGUCAUCAGAUUUUGGCUACAGUUUCAGAAGACAAUGUUGUUUCUUUUUGUGACUCCACUACGCACAGGUAUGAGAACAAAGUUCACUUUACCAGCGGCUACAUUAAAGGUUUUGGAUACAUUGAGAGCAUAAAAAGUCUUGUUAUUGGAUAUUUGAAUGGAUUCACAAUCAUCGAAAUAAUGAAGUAGUUUUUACGAAGAUGUUGCUUCUAGCAAGGAAAACUGCCCCGGGAUACAACUAGUGAAUGAUGUAAGCAGGAAUGGUUUUUCUCCCGGUGAAGAAGCAGGAAUGGGUUGUUUAAAGGAUGCCAGUCCUGUGAAAGUUUUUCAUGUUCUUUAUUGCUGUAUGAAUGUACGAUGCUAUAUAUCCCUACCGUGUUGGCACAGAGAUUACGUUG